AUGUAUGAUAUUUUGCCUCCACUUGAAACGAAUGUUAUGAGCCAAUGUUCACAGAGCCUCUGCCCUAAGGCUGUUGCGUCCGCGCGUUUAUGCGAAACAGAAAAUGAUUGUGGAGAGGGAGAAUGCUGCGUUGCAGCUUUAGCCAUUCAGGUCUAUACUAAAGGAAUAUGUCUAAAGCUGAAUAAGGAAGGUAUGUGGUGCAGAGAGCCUGAAUCGAAAUUGGAGUAUUUCGGCGGAAAAUUCAUGGGAUUCUGUCCUUGUCAAGAAGGUCUAUCUUGUGUACCCAAACCAUUAGGAAAAUGUCAUAUAGGAUGUAGAGCUCCACCCAGAUUUCGAUUAACAUUUACAUGUCAGGCAACACCUUCCACCACCAGUCCAGAAACAACAGCACCUCCGACGGGAACAAGCACUACCGAAAUACCAACAACAGAUGGAGAAACAACAACAGAUGGAGAAUCAACAACAGAUGGAGAAUCAACAACAGAUGGAGAAACAACAACAGAUGGGGAAACAACAACAGAUGAAGAAGCAACAACAGAGGGAGAAACAACAACAGAUGGAGAAACUAAACCAGAUGGACAAGCAACAACAGAUGGACAAGCAACAACAGAUGGACAAGCAACAACAGAUGGACAAGCAACAACAGAGGGAGAAACAACAACAGAUGGAGAAACUAAACCAGAUGGACAAGCAACAACAGAUGGACAAGCAACAACAGAUGGAGAAUCAACAACAGAGGGAGAAACAACAACAGAUGGAGAAACUAAACCAGAUGGACAAGCAACAACAGAUGGACAAGCAACAACAGAUGGACAAGCAACAACAGAUGGAGAAUCAACAACAGAUGGGGAAACAACAACAGAUGAAGAAGCAACAACAGAGGGAGAAACAACAACAGAUGGAGAAACUACAACAGAUGUAGAAACAACAACAGAUGGACAAGCAACAACGGAUGGAGAAACAAUAACAGGUGGAGAAACAACAACAGGUGGAGCAUAGUAUUUUAAAAUUAAUGCUUCGUAGCACCAGUUAAAGCCACCAACUAAUAGAAUCGGGCACGGCAAAGAAUGAGAAGUAGCUACACGUGAAAAUGGACCUGAACCAUAAAUUAAUUUAUGGAAAUAACCAAAAGUGAAUGG